UCAGGAAGUAGUGGAGACACAAUGUUGCUGUUCUUCCUGAGUGCUCUGGCCGUCCACAUCAUCUAUUUUGCCUCCAUCUUUGACAUCUACUUCACCUCCCCCCUGGUGCAUGGUAUGACCCCCCACUCCACCCUCCCACCCCCUGCCAGGAGACUGGUGCUGUUUGUAGGAGAUGGACUCCGUGCUGACCGGUUCUUUGAGCUGGAUGAACAGGGCCAGACCAGGGCACCGUAUCUCAGGGAUAUCAUUCAGACCAGAGGCACCUGGGGAGUGUCCCAUACUCGAGUGCCGACAGAGUCAAGACCAGGCCAUGUAGCUCUCAUAGCUGGCUUCUACGAGGAUGUCAGUGCAGUGGCUAAAGGUUGGAAGGAGAAUCCAGUGGAGUUUGAUUCUGUUUUCAACCAGAGCAGGGAGACCUGGGCCUGGGGAAGCCCUGACAUCCUGCCCAUGUUUGCCAAAGGUGCCACAGGUGACCACGUGCACACCUACAUGUACAGUUCUGAGGAGGAGGACUUUGCAGACUCAGACCCAGGAAAACUUGACACCUGGGUAUUUGAGAAGGUGGAGGCAUUCCUCAAGGAAGCCCGCACCAAUCAGACCCUUUUAGAUGCCCUUCAGCAGAGGAGAGUGGUUCUGUUCUUACACCUACUGGGGAUUGACACCAGUGGCCAUGCCUACAGACCCAUGUCAAGUGAAUACCUAGAGAACAUCCGAUUGGUGGAUUCUGGGAUACAGAAGACAGUUGAGCGGUUGGAAGAGUUUUUCCAGCAUGAUGGUCAGACAGCUUACGUGUUCACAUCAGACCAUGGCAUGACUGACUGGGGCUCCCAUGGUGCAGGCCACCCCUCGGAAACCCUGACCCCCCUGCUAGCCUGGGGAGCAGGCGUCUCAGGACCACAGCCUGGAAACACUCAGGACUACAUGGAUGGGUUUGGUCAGGAAUGGAAGUUGGAGAACAUCAGAAGAUGUGAUGUGAACCAGGCAGACAUUGCACCACUAAUGUCAUCCCUCAUUGGAGUGCCUUUCCCACUCAACUCUGUGGGAACCCUUCCUUUGGACUACCUGGAUAACACAGAUGGGUUUAAGGCAGAGAGUCUGUUCACAAAUGCCAGACAAGUGGUGGAACAGUUUGAGGUGAAAAUGAAGCAGAGAAGGGAGACAACAUUAUCAAUGUUGUUCAUUCCAUACAGUGACCUGACACCCAGCAAGCAACAGAAUAUGUUAAGAAGCAUUGUUAGUUUGAUGCAGGCACAGCAGUACCAAAAGGCAAUACUAGAAUGCAGAGAUCUGAUAGACCUGGCCCUGAAAGGGCUACAUUAUUAUCACACAUAUGACAGACUAUUUCUAUGUACUAGUGUUACCCUAGGGUUUGUAGGCUGGAUGUCAUAUGUUGUCUUGGUGUUGUUAAGAGACCACACUAGCAUCAUACAGCAGCAAAAAUUGUACAAGGUAGGAAAUUCAAUGGGUAUGUGGACCAGGCUACAGGACCAUGUCUCUGAACUUGUAUGCGGAACGCUGGCUGCUGCUAUCCUGCUCUUUCUACUUGUAAUAAAGGCUCCAUGGACAUACUAUGUGUACUGUGUCCCACCUGUCUGGAUUCUCUACUGUGUUCUACAGAGAGGAUCAGACAUGUACAGCCUUGCAGCCUAUAUAAAGGCCAACAACCUGGCACUCCCCCUGCUGGGGUCCUGUAUACUUGCAGCACUCAGCUUAGAACUGUUGGUGCUGAGUUUCUUCUGGCGACAGCUGCUGACAUUAGGACUAGUGUUGAUGGCCCUGUGGCCGUGGCUGGCUCCCAACGUUCACUGCAAAAAGGAGACUAUAGUGGGCUGGACAGUGUCUUCCCUACUUCUGGCUGUUUUUCCCAUGCUGCCUGUUGUUGGAAGAGAGGCAAACUACUCUUUGGUGAUUUUGGCUGGAAUCCUCGGGGCUGUUGCUGCCUUCUGGUGUGCCUCAAGACCAGAGACAAAACUGCUGUCAAGUAACUCCAAAUCUUCUCUUGCCCUGAUCGUAACACAGAUCUUGUUGAUGGUGAUAUCAGUAUAUGUGAGACACAGUACAGCUGCAAGUCUGUUGAACAAGGAGGGCAACCCUCUCUUCAACCGAGUGUUUAGUUGGACCAUGCUAGCCUGUACAUUCCUGCUGCCCCUGUUGAGCCUGCGACUGUUGUAUCCCAGACUCCUCAGCAUCAGCCUGGCCCUCAUGACCCUGUACCUGCUGCUGUCUACAGCUCAUGAGGCCCUGUUCUGUCUGACCUUGGGCUUCACCAUGUUCUUCUGGCUUCAGAUGGAACAUGGACUUUCAAACUAUAGUCACAGGAAGCUAGAAGACAUUUCAUUCACAGUAGUACUGCCAGACAGCAGCAGAAAGCAGAUGACUACAGACAAUGUUCGGCACGCCUAUUUCUUUAUAUUCUUCAUCAUCACAGCAUUCUUUGGUACUGGGAAUAUAGCAAGUAUAAACAGUUUUGACCCCCAGUCCAUAUACUGCUUUCUCACAGUCUUCAACCCAUUUGUCAUGGGGUCACUGCUGCUGUUAAAGAUCAUGGUUCCAUUUUUGAUGGUGACCUGUGCAUUCAGGGCAGUAGAUGUUGUAGUGCAGGUGCCAACAAGAAGUCUUUUCCUGACAGUCCUGUUGAUGUCUGAUCUUAUGGGACUGCAUUUCUUCUUCUUGGUGCAGGACACGGGCAGUUGGCUGGAGAUUGGCACAAGUAUCAGCCAUUAUGUAACAGUGAUGUCAACAACCAUUGCUAUCAUGCUGCUGUUUGGUGUCGCUCGCUUCCUGACUGGGACAGCUAUCAUCAGUCAACAGGAGGAUAAAUCUCAUGGACAGUGAUAUUUACACUGUGCCAAAAGCGGUGUUUAGAGACAGUAUGAAAUUCAAUGUUCUAAUAACAUCCCAUCGUGGUCCUUUACAAGUUCACAAAAGAUCAUGGCAUCCAAGUGGAGCUGACCAUUUAUUAAAAAGAUUAAACCUGAAUGUUCCACCAGUAAUCAGACAUUUGAUGUGUUCACAGAGAGAAUUCAUAUUUUUAGAGUCACACAAAUAAAACAAGUCCAAUGUAGAAGACAUACAACAAUGUAACAUAAUUCUAAUUGUUCUGAAUUUCUGAUACAUCUAACACUGUCAGUGCAAUCCCUUUAUUAAAGGGGCAGUUUUGUCAAACGUCAAACGUAAUAAGAGCACUUACAUGUA